CAUUUUCAGUACUGAAUCUCACUGACGUCUCAUUCUCCUGUAUAGCCUUCGAAAACAGCGCUUUACUCCAAUCAACUCCUCUUUGGUCUAGCCAACAUGAAUCAUAAAACACAACCUGAACAAGCUGUGGAAUCUGGGCGAGAAAUGUUGAACAACGGGAAAUCAUCUUCAUUUAUGAUGGAAAAUAUAUUAAAGCCCGACAAAUUUGCUACAAGACUACAAGAAUUUCGUGGUGAGGCUCCAUCCAAGAUCAAAGCCCUUUCAGUGGCAGCCCAGCUCGCAGGUUUGUUUUGUUUCUCACUGUCUUAAUAAGUGUUUACUUGUCAGUAUUCGAACAAUUUCGAUCUAUUCCAGUGUAUUUAUCACCAUCUAAAAAUGAAUGGCGAAUAAGCUCUCGGAUUAGGAGAGUGUUAUGAUGAGGAAGAUUCUUCCCUUUCUUUGAAGGAUUGUCAUACAAGCUUUCAGUCCUAUCCUAUCUAACGGUUCCUCAACACCCAAUUGUAAACUUUGGAAAGAAACUUGAAAGUGAUCGGUUGAAAAACUUCGGAUCAAAACAAUAUUCCGUGUUGCACCGACAUGUUUCCACAUCAUUAUCUCCAUAAAUUGCCCGGUAACAUUCCUUUCGAAGAGGCAAUACUAUGUAUCUUUGUUUCCAACAAAAUAAAAAUUUCGUAGAAAGCACUGAGUACUUGAUGAGCCUAACUAAAAAAGAAAGGGAAAUUCUGGCUGCAAUAGUGAAUUAUGCAUACUUAAUAUUAGUGUGCAGGCGCGUAGUGUUUUGAAAGUACUUGAGGAAAAUAGCAUUUAGCUGGUGUGAGGCGCCGUUUUGUCUCAGCCAAAAGAAUCGUCAGAUACCUUUAGGAAUUUUCGAGCAAACUCGUCUAGCAUCACUCAAAAAGUUCCGUUCGCAAAGUUCAAGAAGUUAGCAGUCUGGCCCUGUAUCGUAGAAGGAUUUCCAACCGAUCACUAAUCGCGAUCCUGAGUUACAUAAAACAAUAACAAAUAAGCAACUGAGUUUCGGCUUUCCCAUUGUUUGGGAUUUAUAGCAGCACGAAGGUUGAAAAUUUACAACCAAAUCACGUUAACUUAGUUGAUCAUCUUUCGCUGCGUAAGAGCGCUUAAUUCUAGGAAAUUUUAAAAUUUUCCAAACUCACAUCAAAUAUAAUCAGCUGUCAGUUGGUUACCACCUCAAAAAGUUAAGGUUUGCCUCCCAGUUAGUUACAAUUAGCUUUUAAUCCACCAAUUGACAUGACAAACGGAACUGUUUUUGAUCUGCUACAUAGGAGUCGUAAGAAACAGUGAAGAUCUAGAUCAUGCGGAAAUCGUAAAAGGCAUUUACAUCUCAAAUUGAGAAUGAUUACUUCGAGUAUACCAAAAAGAGUAGCUUGCCCGUCAGGUUGAAGAACGCAAUGUUGUGUAGAUCAUUUUUGCUCUUGAAAGUAGUCCUAGUACGAUUCCUUUUAUUUUUGUGGGGAUGUGGAGACUUCUCAGCUAGACCUUGAGUUGACGCGGAGGCUGUUGCUUUUUUUAAGGUGGGAGUCUUAAAAUGUUGGAGUAAAUUCACUAACCACAAUUUUGAAUAACAAUGUCAUAAAUGAAAAACUUACUAACUCCUGCACUGACCCGUGGAAAGGACAACCAUAAAACAUUUUUAGGAUUGAUAGCCAAGAUUGGUUAUCAUGGACAAACGAUCUGCAGCGAAUUUGUCCAACGAAGUCUAUCUCCAACAGACAUCUGAAUAACACCAUAAAUGCACUAGGGUGCCCUAUAAGAAAUUCGUAGUAACUCAUUGAAAUAUGGUGAGGAAAAACAAAUAGAUGACUCGAUUUUAAUGCGACAGAACAACUUCACUUUUGCAUUCUUAAUAAUUUUUAUCUUCAAGAGUCAGACUCCUUUUGCGCUGAUGCAGGCAUGUUGUUGAAUAUAUUGAACUGUUUCCCUUUUUCAGCUAAAUCGUUCCGGCCGUAAUGAACGCUCGCUCUCAUUCGAUGAAACUAAAAUUGGUCAGGCCAAUUUAAGGUUUUGAUACGUUUCGUAUGGCUAGAAUACUGAUUCCAUCGUUAAUUUCACCUCAUUUAAUAGAUUAUAUAGAAAAUUUGUUACAAAGAUCGAGUCUGGAUGCAUUUCUUUGCUAUAGUAAAUACGCUAAUCCAAUUUACAAACAAUAUAUUGAAGGGAUACUAAUAACUGUAGAAAAGCUUGCAACAGCUAGUUGAGAUCUCCUACCAAUACAGUAUUUAGAGGAUUAUGAUGUCACGAUUCUCUCUUUUAGCUGAAAUUUAGAUGUGACUUCACGGUCAGUUACUCAGAAUAAGAACAAGGAAUCCAAAUUCUCACUUUUGAAUAUAAACAAAUUUGUUUCUGCUCUACUAGACUUAAGUUGAAACCGAUUGAGUAGGAUAGAACCUAAUCUUUAAGAGAAUGAGACAAAUAAUUUAUGUUGCCAAAAGUGGGCUAUAGAUAAGAAACACAAAGGUGAGGUUUUUAGUGGGAUUACAGUCGACUGACCACAGGAAACUAUAAAAACGAUGAUUACCAAUCUAUUCAUUGUUUCUCAUCGACAAGCAAAAGAGUUUAAGUUCAUCUUUAAUUUGACGUUAUAACAUUUCCUAAAAUAAUGAGCUCGAAGCAAUACUCGUUGGCCCAGAAAUUCCUCUCAGACAAUUAAUAUAAAUUUUUUAUUGUAAGCAUCCAUAAAUUUUACUCAGGGAAAUAUAUAUUCAUUAGACAUGGAGACAAACUAAAGCGCAUUCCACCAAGAUAUCUGAACUAAUACGAAGGAAAAUAAACAUUUUCUGCUCAGAUUACGGUGUGUUAAUCCAAACCUUUUAUUUUUGUUUUAGAUAUCAUUCUAGAGGCCCGGCGGGGUUCUUCUGCGACACAGCUACGUCGCUCACGCACCAACUUCACACGUUACCAGCUACGAAUUCUAGAAAAUACGUUUUCCAAAACCCAUUAUCCAGAUAUUGCUCUAAGGAAAGAGCUCGCAACAAGUACAAGUCUUCCAGAAUCACGAAUACAGGUAUAUCGACCUCAUUUCAAUUUUGCUCGGGUCAAAUGACCCUGCCAAAUUGUUUCUCUAAGAAAAUAUGCCAUAGAGGCUUUGCACUACUCUAAUCUACUUAUGAAUCCUUGCCAUAUCAGGCAUGUGCCACAUUGCCAGUUAGUUAAGCUGAGAGAAGUGCGACUUUUGCAGUGUGCUGUAAUGAUAGAUAUAGAUUUGUGUAAGAGUAUCCACGUGAAUUGGAAGUCGAUAUCAUCAGCAAUACUCACCGUGAAUCUCGUGGUGACGUCUCGAGGCCUCUGGCAGCUUUCAAAAAUACCCUUUCAUAGCCUCUAGAUAUCAAAGUUCUAUCAUGCGUAGGAAAGCUUUUUCGGUACUGUGUUACAUCACAACGUUUCUUUCUAUUUACCGGCAGAUUUGGUUUAAGAACAGAAGAGCAAAGUUCAGACGAAGUGAGACAAGUUGCAACAUUUGUUCAUCAACUUCAUCUCACCAUACACCCUACCAGGCAUUUCAAAGAGACUCUGCCUAUAUAUUAGGCUCGUCAGUAGGGUUGUCAAAUCACGAGAGACCAGCAUUUCUCAUGGCUACCCAUGUGGUGGAAAAUAGCCACCAGGGUUUCCACUUCCCACUAUACGGCUCCUGUAGCCCCGAGAGUUCUACAUAAACACAACCGGACGCACAAACGGCCAGGCCAUCACUGGUAUUUUUCAUUAUGCUGCGUCUUGUCUCUUGCCUCUCUGCUAAGAUACCAUUGAAACUCUACUAUAAGAAUCAGGCAGACUUCGAAGACAAAACUGUUGCUUCUAUGUAUUCUAAGGCGUUUCUUUAACAAUGUCGGGUGAAGGAGCCGUCAUCAUGGGCUUCACCUCACUAUCGUUAACGAAUGAUUCUUAUAAUAACAACAAUAAUAAUUAUAAAAUCUUCAACAAAGCAGACUUUUAUAGCUGAACGAGAUCAUUUACACCCUGCCGGGAAAAACUAUCCUUAAGCAGGUGAGACAUUAAACCCAGACCUCUUUUUGAGAUAGAGAAAAACUUUUUGAGAGGUAUUUAAGACUGCUUGCCUGGAUUAACUAAACUUGAUUUAAGUUAUUCAUUUAAAGGUCAGUUACUGAGUAUAAACAAAACGCAAUUUAUACAAUGUCACGUAUAUGAAACAAGGAUAUCCAUAGUAACAUUCUAUUUCAUUAUUUCUCGUAAUCUCAUAAAGUAAAAUUGCAGUCGUCGCUCCUGAAACUUACUACAAGAAAGGAAGCAUGUUUAUAUUUAUAAGGACGAUGCACCAUGGUUUAGUUACGAUAACAUAACGC